CACUAUAUUCUACUGUGCGUGAGGAAUUUGACCAAAACAUGACUGUGAUAGUUCAAAACACACGAAAACUGUCAAUGCAUGAGGGAUUGUUUUAUACUGACGUUUGUUUGGAAAACACACUAACUGUUAAAGGUAUGAUAGAUUGUGGUUCUAUGGCUUGCACUGUGAGCCCUGGGGUUGUGUCUAAGUUAAAGGAUGCAGGAGUAGCCUUGACUGAUUCUGGAGGGUCGAAAACAAAACCUAGUGGGAUGUGUGACAUAAACAUGACUGUUUACGGGUGUACUGUUCAGGUUCCAACAUUGAUUGUUGACGGCCAAGAUGAUGACAUCAUUGUGGGUAGCAAUGUGAUAAAGUACCUGAUCAAAGAGUUGAAAAGUCGAGGAGAAUUGAUUAAAAGAAGGAUGUCUGUCAAUAAGGAUUCUGAGGAUAGUAAACUUAUUCAGUUGCUGGCUAAUGUGGAGAGGUGGAACGGAGCAGUCGUUCCUGGAAAGGUUGGGACAGUUAAACUGAAGAAUUCCGUAACACUUGAACCCUUAAAGGAGCAUUUAGUUUGGGCAAAGCUUUCUAAUCUAAACAAUUUGUCAGCAGGCAGUGCCAUCAUUGCAGAGCCGUGUGGAGCACGCUCCAGACCCAGAAAUAUCUUGAUUGGUCGUACAGUGGCAAGGUUGUGGGCUGAUGGAUGGGUGCCUGUUAAGGUAAUUAACCCUUCAUCGGUGCCCAUUACUCUCAGACGUAACGCAAAAUUGGCUGACAUUUAUCCAUGUUUGGCACUGGAAGACUUUGAUGAUGCAUGUGAAGGCGUCACAAAUGGAGGGUUAUUAUGCCCAAUCAGACAACAUACCAACAAUGUAGAGGUUCAUGACAUUUCAAGUGGUUGCAGUUUGUCUGACAUUGGUGUACCCAGGAGAGACUGUGAGUUCCAUGAUAGGUUAACGAAGCUGGGACUCGCAGGCAUUGAUUUGAGUUCCUGUCAUUUGUCUUCUGAUUGGAAAAAAAAACUUGUUGAUCUAAUUGAGAAGUAUGAAUGUAUUUUCUCUAAACACAGACUUGACUGCGGCAAAGUUGAGGGCUAUGUACAUCGGAUAAGGCUGAGUGAUGACCGUCCAUUUAGGCUCCCAUACAGACGACUUCCGCCUAAUCAGUACGAUAAGCUUAGGCAAGCCUUGGAUGAAAUGGAAGAGAGAGACAUUAUCAAGAGAUCUAGUAGCGAAUAUGCUUCACCUCUUGUUAUUGUUUGGAAGAGAAAUGGAGAUUUAAGACUUUGUACUGAUUUUAGGUGGCUCAAUGCUCGAACUAUAAAGGAUGCUCAUCCAUUACCACAUCAAGCCGAUGCUUUAGCUGCACUGGGUGGAAACAUUUUUUUUUUCCACUAUGGACCUGACGUCCGGCUACUACAAUGUUGAAGUACAUGAGGAAGACCGAAAAUACACUGCUUUCACAUCGCCUUUUGGGUUAUAUGAGUAUAACCGUCUUCCUCAAGGACUUUGUAAUAGCCCAGCAACUUUUAUGAGAAUGAUGCUCGGAAUUUUUGGAGAUCAAAAUUUCUUGAGCCUUCUCUGUUACUUGGAUGACGUGCUUGUAUUUGCUCCGGAUGAGGAGUUGGGUUUAAAGAGAUUGGAGCUGGUUUUUGAGCGCCUGAAGUCUCAUAAUUUGAAGUUGGCUCCAGGGAAAUGUCAUUUUAUGCAAAGGUCAGUGAAGUUUCUUGGUCAUGUUGUCAGCGAGGCGGGUGUGGCUUCAGACCCUGAUAAAAUCAAGGUGAUUACUGAAAUGACAGAGUCGGAUCUUAUGGAUGACAAAACUGGUGCUCCAUCCCAACAAAAGAUACGUUCUUUCCUUGGGAUGGUAGUAUAUUAUCAGCAAUUUAUAGAACAGUGUUCAGUAAUUGCAAAACCACUGUUCCAGUUAACUGCUGGCGCUAAGGGUCAGAGAGGUAAAAAGGUUAAGAAGACUGUGUUGAAAAGAACACUUACUGCAGAGGAUUGGACUGAUGAUUGUAGGCAGGCAUUUUGUCGUCUUAAGCAGGCUCUGAUUGACUGUGUUUUAUUGGCUCAUCCAGAUUUUAACAGGUCUUUCUUGGUUUCGGUGGACGCUUCCAGUAGUGGCCUAGGUGCUGUACUUUCACAAGUACCAGAAAAUGGGGAUAUGGCAAGGCCAGUUUGUUUUGCCAGUAAGUCACUUUCAUUUGCUCAGUCAAAAUAUCCAGCGCAUCGGCUGGAAUUUUUUGCAUUGAAGUGGGCUGUAUGUGACAAAUUUAGUCACUGGCUGAGAGGUCGCCCCUUCACAGUAUGGACCGAUAACAACCCCCUGACAUAUAUUUUGACAAAACCAAAACUGGAUGCUUGCGAGCACAGGUGGGUUGCCAAGUUGGCGCCAUUCCAGUUUGAUAUUAAGUACAUACCUGGUUCAAGGAAUAUUGUGGCAGAUGCUCUUAGUAGAGAGCCAUUUGUAAAACAGAGCACUUUGCAUCGCCUUACUAGAGUACCGUACAAUUUGCUGUUGCAAGAUGCGUCAGCAGUCCAAGGGGAACAAGUGCAAGAGGUUUUCAGAUGGUCUGCACACCCUUUUGAGCCAAACACUGAGCCGGGUAUUGAGGCAAAAUGUGACAUGUUGGCAGUGCAUUCCCAAGCACCGGUAAGUAGGCCAUCUGGUUCUUGGUCUGUGAUGGAAGUGUCUGCGGUCAUGGAGGCAAAAAGGUCUAAUUUGGUAACCUCACAUUGUGACCUUUUGUUGCCUCAGUUGAUUCAUCUUGUUUUACCUACUGAUCAACCAAUAUUGAAGGGCCUGUCACGUGAAGAGUUGGCAGAUAGGCAGCGGACCGACAACAUAUUGGCUAGGGUGAUUUGUUAUGUAGAAAGGGGUAAGAAACCAUCUAGUCGUGAGCGUAAACAGGAGCCAGUGGAAGUUGUCAGGCUGCUUAGAUCCUGGAACAAGUUUGAGAUGAGAGCCGGGAUACUUUACAGGGUUUCUCGGGAUGUGGUGUCAAAGAAAAAGUCAUUCCAAUAUGUUGUCCCAAAAUCAUUGGUGGUGACUGUGUUGAAGGGGGUUCAUGAUGACGCUGGCCAUCAGGGCCAACAGAGGACAUUGUAUUUGGUGAGACAACGUUUUUUCUGGCACAAACUUGAAGCGGAUGUGAGAGAUUAUGUCAAAUGCUGCAAGAGGUGUGUUUACGGUAAAUCACCUGAGCCAGAGGCUAGGGCUCCUCUUGAAAACAUUAUGACAUCUGAACCCUUGGAACUUGUGUGUGUCGAUUUUUGGUCAGCUGAGGACAGCAGGAAUAAGUCAGUGGAUGUACUUGUUGUCACUGAUCAUUUUACUAAAAUGGCACAUGCUUUUCAUUGCCCAAACCAGUCAGCCAAAGCUGUAGCUAAGCAAUUAUGGAGCAAUUUUUUUUGUAUAUAUGGCUUUCCCAAACGCAUUCACUCCGAUCAGGGAGCAAAUUUUGAAAGUGCAUUGAUUUCUGAGCUGUUGUCAGUUGCAGGGGUGGAAAAGUCACACACCACUCCAUAUCACCCAAUGGGUAAUGGGGGUGUGGAAAGAUUUAAUAGGACACUUGGAAACAUGAUUCGAGCACUCCCCCCUGCAGCGAAGCAAAGGUGGCCUCGACUGCUUAAAUCUCUGACAUUUGCAUACAAUUGUACGAUUCAUGAGACCACUGGAUAUGCACCUUUUCAACUGAUGUUUGGCAGGACCCCGAGACUCCCAGUCGAUGUGGUGUUUGGGUCAGUUUUGCGAGAUAAUGAUGUUGUUGACUACAAUGAGUACGUUAGGGAAUUGAUGGAAGAUCUCAAACAAGCAGUGACGAUUGCGAGAAGGACUGCUGGAAAACAACUGAAAAGACAUGCUGCUCUUUAUAACAGAAAGCUCAAGGGUGCUCCAGUAGAUGUUGGGGACAGGGUUUUGUUGGCAAUUAAGGGUGAACGUGGCAAGCGAAAACUGUCCGAUCGCUGGGAGAGCAGUCUGUACAUUGUAGUAGACAAAAAUGUUGAAACAAAUACUUUCAAAAUUGAGAAUUCUUCCUCAGGCCAAGUGAAGAUUGUUCAUCGUAAUUUGAUCAUGCCUGUGAAUUUUUUGCCUUUCCCUGAUGAUGUUGCAGAGAGACCUGUGGGAGGGGAAAGGUGUGUUGGCGGUGACCAAACUCACACGCUAGAGCACUUGGAGAGAACAGUUGAUGAGAGAACAGUUGCAUGGGUUUCGGAGCUUGAAUCUUCAAGAGAUUCCAAAAAGGGGUCAGAGGUUUCGGAAAUUGGCAAUGGUGCACAAGAAUGGCUUGUGUGUCAUAAUGAUUCCGGUGACCCCGUGGUAUUGGCUGAGUUGGAAGACUCUGUUGGAUUUGCAUGUUCAAUUGACAAUGAAUCUGAUCUGGACAUGAAUUCGAAUUUGUCUGCAUUUGAUCUAUCAUCAGAUGUUGACUCUCAAAGCAAUGUACCUACUGUGGUGUCAGCUCAAUUUGACAGCAAAACUGAUGUUGGAGGUUUGAUGACUUCAGUUAGAUCAAGAGCUGGAAGAAUUAUCAGACCGGUGGUGAGGCUUAUAGAAACAAUGCAAGUACAAAAAGUAGACAAUAAGGUUAACGCCCCUGUUUGGAUCUAAUUUGUUUUAUUACUACUUUUAUUGUUAUGCUUUUGUUUUUAUUUUAUUUUAUUUUUUUUCUUAUUUAUUUUUUUUUUUUUUGAUCCUGUUGUUCUCCCAUUUAGUUUUUUUUAUAUUGUGAAUGUAUUUGGUCUGUAUACCAAGAUGUGAUUUUAAGGGACUGUUUCUAUGUUGAUUGAGUGUACUGAACAUGUAACAGGCAUGUUGACCUAUGAGUUUGGAGGGGCGUAGCUAACCCCUUCUCCUCUAAUUCUUUGUAAGAAUAGUCUAUGAACUGGAAUGCUCAUCAACAUUCUUAUCUUGGAUAUAUUCAAAUUGCAUCUUGUUUUGAUGUGUUUUUGUUUUGUCAAGGUGUAAAUUUAUAUAUUUCUGUUUUGUAUUCUGCAGUUAUUUGUACCUGAGUGUCAUUAGUAGUGAGUAUGUUAUGCCAUGGUAGGUUAGACUUGUUGCAAGUGGAGUUCAGGAGGGGAGAAUGUAACAGAGUUAUAUACAAAGUGUGUCUCCACUUGCAAAUAAUGAUAUAUCAAAUAAUCACAUUUACAAAUGACUAGAUGGAAAAAUGUUUAUCAGAGCUUCCUAUUGGCUGGCUGGUUCUACGUGCUGUGUACGCCCCUGUUGCGUUCGUCAGUUCAUUUGUAAAAAGGCCAGUGGUAAGUUGUGUGUUUGGUAGCUCUGAAAUUCUGUCUGUUACUGUCUACAAAAUGUGUGAGACAUCAUGAGCAACAGCAUGUAUUCGAUAUCAAGACAAGUGCUAGACAUUGGGGAAGAGUGUAAAAGAUGUUUGUUUUAUUUUAGCGUGCCAGCACGAGGAGUGUCGAAUAUGCUGGAACUGAUCAACUCACUCUGUGUUAUCCUGUUUUCUCAGGUACAG